AUGGACGACGCACUGUCUGGCGAGGACGAUUUGGAGGUCGCCAUCGAGGCGAGCAAGCAGCUAGCGGAGCUCCUGAAGCUGGCUGGAUUCAAUUUGAGAAAAUGGAGCACCCUACCGCCACUGGAGAAGGUCACCAAGCGGAUAGUGGCCUCUGAGAUGGCGCAGUUAUUCGACCCACUCGGAUUAGUCGGAUCCGUAGUUAUGAGUGCGAAGAUGUUCAUCCAAAGGCUGUGGGCGAUACACAAUCCUUGGGACGAGGAACUUCCCGAAAGCCGGGUCUGGUGGAUACGUUUCCGUGGUGAGAUCCCUGAACUGUCGAUGCUGAAGGUUCCCCGACGCGUUCUAGCAAACACGAACAACCAUUACGCUCUCCAUUGCUUCUGUGAUGCUUCCGACCACGGAUAUGGAUCGUGUGUCUACGUAGUUUCGCCGAAUGGAAAAGGGUUGUACCAAUGCCAACUACUCAUCGCUAAGUCCCGCGUUGCACCUCUACGUGGACUCACUAUUCCAAAACUUGACCUUUGCGCAGCCCUCUUCGGCAGCCAGCUGAUGGAAAAAGUUAGAACAACCACAAACUUCUCGGGAACAGCAAUCUUCUGGUCCGAUUCCAGCAACGUUCUGCACUGA